CACCUCUGUUUACUUUGAUGCGCUUCCAUCCCUACACUGAAUGACAAGAAAAAAUUGUUGGUAGCGACAGAAACUGAGGACGGGCAAUUUAAUUUUCAAUAAAAUUUAAUAUUCAAUUUUUCAUCUGAAAUGGCACGUCGCUAUGAUUCCCGUACUACAAUCUUCUCGCCAGAGGGUCGCCUGUACCAAGUUGAGUACGCCAUGGAGGCCAUCUCGCAUGCCGGCACAUGUUUGGGCAUUCUGGCAGAAGACGGCAUUUUACUGGCCGCUGAAUGUCGCAAUACAAACAAGUUGCUCGACGGCGCCGUCCCAUCGGAAAAGAUAUACCGUCUAAACGAUAAUAUGGUUUGCUCGGUGGCCGGCAUCACUUCCGAUGCAAAUGUGUUGACAUCGGAGUUACGCCUAAUUGCUCAGCGUUACCAGUACAGCUAUGGAGAAGUUAUGCCAUGUGAGCAGUUAGUGUCUCACUUAUGCGACAUUAAACAGGCCUACACCCAGUAUGGAGGCAAACGUCCAUUUGGAGUAUCUUUGCUGUACAUGGGUUGGGAUAACAAGUACGGUUACCAACUAUAUCAGUCAGACCCCAGUGGUAACUACGGUGGCUGGAAGGCCACUUGCAUUGGAAACAACUUUGGUGCUGCCAUCUCAAUGCUGAAGCAGGAAUUGGGCGACAAGGAGAACAUUAAGCUUGCUGAAGCCAAGGAUCUGGCCAUUAAAGUGCUGAGCAAGACUUUGGACACCACGAAGCUAACAACAGAAAAGGUUGAAAUGGCCACUUUGCAGCGCAUUGACAACAAUACAGUCUACAGAGUGCUGGAUAGAACCGAUGUGGAAGAGCUCAUUAACAAAUACAACAAACUAGAGGCCGAAGCUGAAGCAGCUAAGAAAGAAAAACAGGCACAGUCGCAGUCAAAAUCUUAGACAUAUUAGAGUUUACGGGUAAUGGUAGACGUCAAUACACCACGUAUAAAUUUUGUACUUGAAAAAAAAAGAAACGGAAAUACAAUUUCAGUUAAGCGAUAUUUUAAA